GUUUGCCGAUAUUCCGGAGCGCUUGAGCACGUUAUGGAAACCACAACCGCUGGAGUCACCAUCCAAGCUCCUCAGCUUGAUAUCAAUACUGUAGCUGCUGGUGGCGGUUCGCGACUAUUCUUUGCAAACGGAAUCUUCGCAGUUGGCCCAGAGAGUGUUGGGGCUCAUCCAGGUCCCGUUUGCUACAGAAAGGGAGGGUGA